AUGGGCUUGUUCAAUGGCCUCUGGCUUGGGAGCUGCCUGGUGCUAGCAUCGUGCAGCGUCAACGCCAUCAUUUGGGAUGGGACAUGCAGUGGAGAGAGCAAUCUUGCUCGAGAAGUGGCCUCGUGCUUCUCAUGGAAAGCACUGGGAGAGAAUGUGCACAUCAAAGUCUUAGCCUUCAACGCCACCGUGAAGGAAGGCAAGAUGCAGCUGCGUGGCACAGGCGUUUCCGAGACGGAAUGCGAGAUCCAGUUUUCCCAGGAAGCUCAAGCGAUAAACUUGCGCCAAGCAUGCUUGCCAAGCGGUGUGAGUUCUGUGACAAUGAAGUAUUGCUCGGAUCAGGACGCCUUCUUGUUGCAGGCGAUGGUCGCAGGCAUGUCUACCGAUGUCUUCUUGGCAAAGGGCACAUGCAGUGCAGAGACCUCGCUAGCGCAGUCUAUCAUCAGGCGAGACCGAGACCGUCCUGUGCAGCAUCAUCGUUUCGAUAGUCCCCCGUGA